UCCUCGCAUUGACACCACCUUUGUUUUCUGUAUCAUAAGUACAGUAUCGCUAUUCGAAACUUGCUUGGGGUAAAAGUCAUCUAUACCCAGCAGCGCACCACGACUACGAAUCCUCGAGGACACUCUGCGACCAUCACCCACAGCGGCAUGGUUCAUGGCCAGCCCUCCGGCACAAUGAAGCCAAGUGGAUUCCAGGCGCUCCUCUCUUUCUUCUCAGCGCGAGUGCUACACAGAGGACCGAGACUUUUACUACAACUUAUCGUCGGGUCGACUCUCAUCUUCACCACUCUACUCGUCAUCAGGAGGGCCUUUGACGAGAACCUAUCCUCAAACGAUCUCUUCCGAUACGAAAGCGAAGACAUCAAGGACGAAAAGGUACACUACGAGUUCCAGUCGCAACAACACGCUGGCGGACUCCGCGUGAUUGUCUUUGGAGAGGACGAUGUAGCGACUCCUGCUUGGACGCGGGGAGAGAAGGAGAUGCGGUCUUCUGGGUGGACCGAGGUUAUGUGUCAGGAGUUGAAAUGCUCCCACUACCUCUCUUUCAUUCCUCCCAACCUCCACCCGCCGGCACACACGCUCAUCUCGAACGAUAUCUACGUAGAAGCCGUCAGACAGACGAUCAAGAACACGACAAAGUUGAAGAAAACCCAAGGCCCUGGCUACGAUUACACCUUUCAACCUCGGCUGUUCCCCGUUUCCAAAGCGUUGCCUGACCUGAGCGCCCAAGUGACGGCAUUCCUCGAAUUACAAAACUGGACUACUUUUCCCAAAGCCAACGAGACACUCUGGGUCUUCAACCUUGGCCAAUGGGACGUGUGGUCGCUAGCCACGCUCCCCAUUGCCACAGGCAAAGCGGUUAUUGACCAGCUAACCAACCACGUUAUCGAGCAAAUGGAGCGUCUCUAUCAGAGCACCAUACUAAAUGACACCACGGUUGCAUCCAACAACCCCGAACUCCUCCCACGCAAGACCAAGCCGGGCCCGAUGAGGAUUAUAGACCCCGAAGUCUACAAAGCCAAAUCCGCUGCCACCGCCGGCGCGCAGCCUGUCUCUGGCUCCGCAAAAGAAAAGACAACCAAACCCAAACCCGAAACCUUCCGCGUCUUCUUCCCCGCUCUGUUCGACAUCUCCAUGACGCCCGGGUGGAACUCCAACCGUCCCGAAACGCCACCCCCUCAUUCGAAAGCCGAGCAGAUGCGAAAUGCAGCCAAGUUGACGGAUACGUGGAACCAAGUCAUGGGGGGUAAGCUGUAUGCGUGGGCGGAGAGGUCGGACGACCCUGGGGUGGAGGAGCUUUAUUUGACCACGGACACGGACGUGGAUAAUACAUCACUUGAUGGUGGGAGCGCAAACGGUGGUGUCGGGAAGCGAAACCCUACAGGUCAGCUCCGCAAGAAGACAAAAGCCGCCGCCGAAAAAGUCGUCGACGAGCCAAAGCCGAAGCCUACUACUGAGCACAAGCAGCAGCCGCCAGUCCGUGACUUCAUAACCUAUGACAUGGUCGGCUACAUUACCUCGGCCUUGAUAGAAGGGCAGCUACGCAGCUCUGGACUCAGCGAUGGGAACGGCCUCGGCCAGAAGCCGAUGACUAAAUGGUACAAAGAGGUGUGGGAGCCUUGUAUUAAGCCGGUCAAGUCGGAGACGGAGCUGGUGGACUUGGAGGAGGAGGGGUUGGUGCAGCAGUCGAAUUCUACGGAUUCUUCUAAGGAGAAAGCUACUGCUGCUUUUGCUGCUGGUGUUCAAGCCGAAGCAGCCUGGGCAGGUAUCUCUAGGAAAAAAGAAAGAAACACAGCAGAAGCGACAUCAACAGAAGAAGAAGAAGAAGAUAGGACAUCGACGACGGUUUGCAACAUGCCGGAUGAUUACCUCUUCUAUACACCCUUUACUCUCGGGGAAAGAGCCAUUGGGGAGAUUGCACGAGAGGCGGCGGAGAAAGUAAGGAGGGGAGAGUCGUUUAGGGCAGAAGGGGAAGAUGAGGGGCUUUGGGCGGGUGUUCAGGGGCAUACGGGGUAGAUCUAGGGUUUGGUUUGGACGUUGGUCGUUUUGUUGAGCGAAGGGUGGUACAUAGGAUAAGUGGUGGAUGUGACAGAUGUAGGAUAAUUCAUAAUUUUGUUUUUUGUUUUGUGGUUUGGAAACCUCGUCGUCGUUGUAAUUUGUGUUCAUGUUUGUUGAUGUUGAUGUUACAGUCAGUUGAGGUAGUGUCGUUAAACCCGGGCAAUCACCGACCAGCCAAGGAAGGCCAAAACCGUUGGAGGCGUCGGUGUCAGGGUACCUGACCAACCUGACCGACCAACCGACCAACCGAUUUCGGGAAAGGCUCGGGGUUCGAUAAAUGGGACGCGUCAUACAAGGGAUCUCGCCGAUAGGGUUAGAGGUGG